UGAGAGACAAUGGCCAAGAACAAACUCAGAGGGCAAAAGUCCAGGAAUGUAUUCCACAUAGCCAGCCAGAGAAGCUUGAAGGUUAAAAAUAAAGCAAAACCAGUUACCACAAAUCUUAAGAGGAUAAACAUUCAGUGUCAUGAAAACGUACCAGUUAAUGUUGAUGAGGCUACAAGAUUAAUGGCUCAGUUGUAA